UCAAGUACAGAAUCUAGUUCUGAAAGUACUAUUGAAACUACGACUAAAGCAUCUACUCAGUCAACAAUAACGGAUUCGACUACUUCACCUACAGCACCGACGGGAACUAGCACAGCUGCAUCUGAGUCAAGUACAGAAUCUACUUCUGGAGGUACUACAGAAACUCCGACUGUAGCAUCUACGCAGCCCACGUCUGAAUCGAAUACGGAAACUACCUCUGAGGCAACUACGAAGGAGCCUAAUAACGCCACAGUUUGUGACAGGCCAGGUUUCUAUCCGGACCCAAUACGGUGUGACAAAUUCUAUCGUUGCGUCGACAAUGGAAACGGCUUCAACGUGUAUCAUUUCGACUGCGCACCUGGAACCAUAUGGGAUCCUAGCAUCGACACGUGCAAUCAUCCCGAGUCCGUGUAUCCUCCAAGAAAUUGCAGGAUGCCUCCGUCAGGUUCAUCUACUAGUACGGAACAAACAUCAAGUAGUGCAAGUGCUGGAUCUACUGCAACAAUAACAGAUUCGACUACUGCACCUGCAACACAGACAGAAACUAGCACAGCUGCAUCUGAUUCAAGUACAGGGUCUACUUCUGAAGGUACUACAGAUACUACGACUAAAGCAUCUACUCAACCAAAAAUAACGGAUUCGACUACUACAUCUACAGCAUCGACGGGAACUAGCACAGCUGCAUCUGAGUCAAGUACAGGAUCUACUUCUGGAGGUACUACAGAAACUCCGACUGUAGCAUCUACGCAGCCCACGUCUGAAUCGAGUACGGAAACUACCUCUGAGGCAACUACGAAGAAGCCUAAUAACGCCACAGUUUGUGACAGGCCAGGUUUCUAUCCGGACCCAAUACGGUGUGACAAAUUCUAUCGCUGCGUUGACAAUGGAAACGGCUUCAACGUGUAUCAUUUCGACUGCGCACCUGGAACCAUAUGGGAUCCUAGCAUCGACACGUGCAAUCAUCCCGAGUCCGUGUAUCCUCCAAGAAAUUGCAGGAUGCCUCCGUCAGGUUCAUCUACUAGUACAGAACAAACAUCCAGUAGUGCAAGCGCUGGAUCUACUUCAACAAUAACAGAUUCGACUACUGCACCUGCAGCACCGACAGAAACUAGCGCAGCUGCAUCUGGGUCAAGUACAGGGUCUACUUCUGAAGGUAUUACAGUGACUCCGACUGUAGCACUUACUCCACCCAUGCCUGAAUCGAGUACGGAAACUACUUCCGAGUCAACUACGGAGAAGACUAAUAACGCCACAGUUUGUGACAGGCCAGGUUUCUAUCCGGACCCAAUACGGUGUGACAAAUUCUAUCGUUGCGUUGACAAUGGAAACGGCUUCAACGUGCACCAUUUCGACUGCGCACCUGGAACCAUAUGGGAUCCUAGCAUCGACACGUGCAAUCAUCCCGAGUCCGUGUAUCCUCCAAGAAAUUGCAGGAUGCCUCCGUCAGGUUCAUCUACUAGUACAGAACAAACAUCAAGUAGUGCAAGUGCUGGAUCUACUGCAACAAUAACAGAUUCGACUACUGCACCUGCAACACAGACAGAAACUAGCACAGCUGCACCUGAUUCAAGUACAGAAUCUAGUUCUGAAAGUACUAUUGAAACUACGACUAAAGCAUCUACUCAGUCAACAAUAACGGAUUCGACUACUUCACCUACAGCACCGACGGGAACUAGCACAGCUGCAUCUGAGUCAAGUACAGAAUCUACUUCUGGAGGUACUACAGAAACUCCGACUGUAGCAUCUACGCAGCCCACGUCGCCAGGUUUCUAUCCGGACCCAACAUGGUGUGACAAAUUCUAUCGUUGUGUUGACAAUGGAAAUGGCUUCAACGUGUAUCAUUUCGACUGCGCACCUGGAACCAUAUGGGAUCCUAGCAUCGACACGUGCAAUCAUCCCGAGUCCGUGUAUCCUCCAAGAAAUUGCAGGAAGCCUCCAUCAGGUUCAUCUACUAGUACAGAACAAACAUCUAGUAGUGCAAGCACUGGAUCUACUGCAACAAUUACGGAUUCGGGUAUGGAAACUACGUCUAAGGCAACUACGAAGGAGCCUAAUAACGCCACAGUUUGUGACAGGCCAGGUUUCUAUCCGGACCCAACAUGGUGUGACAAAUUCUAUCGUUGUGUUGACAAUAGAAAUGGCUUCAAUGUGUAUCAUUUCGACUGCGCACCUGGAACCAUAUGGGAUCCUAGCAUCGACACGUGCAAUUAUCCCGAAUCAGUGUAUCCUCCAAGAAAUUGCAGGAUGCCUUUGUCAGAUUCAUCUACGAGUACGGAUCAAACAUCAAGUACUGCAAGUAUUGGAUCUACUGCAUCAAUAACCGAGUCGACUACUCUAUGUACAACAUCGUCGGGAACCAGCACAGCUGCAUCUGACUCAAGUACAGAAUCUAGUUCUGAAAGUACUACUGAAACUACGACUAAAGCAUCUACUCAACCAACAAUAACGGAUUCGACUACUACAUCUACAGCAUCGACGGGAACUGGCACAGCUGCAUCUGAGUCAAGUACAGGGUCUACUUCUGAAGGUACUACAGAUACUACGACUAAAGCAUCUACUCAACCAACAAUAACGGAUUCGACUACUACAUCUACAGCAUCGACGGGAACUGGCACAGCUGCAUCUGAGUCAAGUACAGGGUCUACUUCUGAAGGUACUACAGAUACUACGACUACAGCAUCUACUCAACCAACAAUAACGGAUUCGACUACUACAUCUACAGCAUCGACGGGUACUAGCACAGCUGCAUCUGAGUCUAGUACAGGGUCUACUACUGAAGGUACUACAGAAACUACGACUAAAGUAUCUACUCAGCCCACGUCUGAAGCGAAUACGGAAACUACUUCUGAGGCAACUACGGAGAAGCCUAAUAGCGACACAGUUUGUGUUAAACCGGGUUACUAUCCGGAUCCAAUACAGUGUAACAAAUUCUAUCAGUGCAUUGACAAUGGAAACGGCUUCAAUGUGAAAUAUUCCGUCUGCUCAACUGGAACCAUAUUUGAUCCUAGCAUCAGCAGAUGCAAUUAUCCUGAAUUAGUGCAUCCUCCAAGAAAUUGCUCGAUGUCUACUACUACGGAACAAUCAUCUUCGUCGGAAGCUACUACCGAAUCGUCGUCUGGAACGACGACAGGAUCAACGACUACGGAAGCUUCUAUCCCAACGCCUUGUCCAAUUGGAAAUUUAACCGAUGAACAGAUAGUACUAGUCUGCCCAACUGGUUUCCGAAGACAUCCGAAAUAUUGCAACUUAUUUUAUCAAUGUACUAUGGAAAGCAAUGUGGAUAUCAAAGUACUGGUAUUGAGUUGCCCAGAGGGGUUGAUCUUCGACGAUCAGAAGUUACAGUGUUUGCCUGAAGACAAAACCGACCAACAUUGCAAGGGUACCAAAACUUCUGCACGAUUUUACAGAAAAUUAGAGGAGAGUUCUAUGUCUCCUAUCAAAGCAUCGAGCGAGGUACUAUGUCCAGCAGCGGGACACUACCCUUACAAACAAGGCUGCAGUAGCGCAUUCUAUAAUUGCAAACAGGAUUCCAGGGACAAUCUUCAAGGUUAUUUGUAUAAAUGUCCAGAGAACUUCUUGUACUGGUCAGUUUCGAGGAGAUGCGAGCGUGCAACACAAUUACCAUUGUGCACGAUAUUUGGACAUAAAGAUAAAGAGAAUUGGGAGGAGAGAUGGGAGAUUCCAAUAGAAGAGUCUAAUCUGUCUGCCCGAAGUCUGUUUGUCUAAAUUUUCAUAAAAAGCUAUUAGUGGUUCGAAUGGACAGCGUAAACUCUCAGGACAAAUUCUGCUCUUAUUUUCUAUUAGAUCUAUUUAAAGGUCGUAACUUUUACUUAUUAGAAUAUGAGUAAAUUACCUUUGCAACAUGGCUGCGGAAGAUCUCAUAAAGAAACAUUCAGAUCUUCAACAGUCAUCUUGCCGUAAUUAAUAGCUCUAUAUCAAUUCAUGUGCAAAAAGUAAUUAUUAACUAUUGUUCGAGAAUAUAAUGGGUAUUUUCCUACGAUUUUCCGCAGCGAGAUCGUAAAAUCAUUGGAAAACCUUCGCGAGUGUUGGGGUUUUUGGUUGAGGGAUUUAUAUGCAAUAUUCGACUGUAUUCAGUAAUUUAUAAUAUUUAUUUAUAGAGUCGAACAUUUUCUUGGGACUACGUGCCGCGAUUUAUACAAUUUUACGUUAAUGUAACUGUAAUAAAUCAAAAUUGACGAUAAUAAAAUUAAUAUCCAAAGGUGAAUAUAAUAAUUAAAGAUUAGAAUUUUGAGUAUGGUGAAAUAUAAAAUAUAGAAUGUUUGGCGUUUAAUAAAUUUAUCCGACGAAUUUAAUAGUGCUCAAACCUUUCACUGAGAAAGUAUAUUUACAACCUCAAGACCAUGUUCUGAAUACAGUACAAAAAACAAUAAGCUUGGGAGGAUAAUUUUGUAUAUAAUUACGUGUUAAUUAUUCUAAUCACUGCUUCCUUUAUAUGAAACAUCAUUCAUUGCGUUUAAUUUCUUCUUUCAAUUGCGAUGAGAUACCGAGUAUCGUUAAGGUACCCUUUGUAAUAAAAGGAGCAUUGCGUUUAACACGUUUAUUUAGAUGUAAAAUAUUCCUAAUGUAGUCAUUGAAUGAGUACAAGUAUUGCGUGUGUUGUGUUAGAUUCUUCUGAAAAUUGUUAUUAAUGAAUAAUAAUGAUGAAUAAUAAAUAAUGAAUUUUCACAUAAAA